AUGAAUUAUGUUACGUUCAACCAGGACUACAGCUGCCUGGCAGUCGGAACUGCCAAAGGCUUUCGCAUAUACCACACAGAUCCAUUCUCAAAGAUAUUCACGGGGGAUAAUGAAAAUGUAACGAUAAUCGAGAUGCUAUUCUCGACGUCCUUGGUGGCCAUCAAGCAAUCACCUAGACAUAUUGUAAUUCAGAAUACUAAGAGAGGCACGGUCAUAUGCGAACUUACAUUUCCAUCUGCGGUUUUGGCAGUGCGGCUGAAUCGAAAACGAUUUGCCGUGUUGUUGGAGGAGGAGAUAUAUCUAUAUGAUAUUCAAAACAUGGGCCUACUGUACACAAUUUCUACAUCAGCAAACCCGAACGCUAUAUGCGCCCUGUCUGCGUCAUCUGAGAACUGCUAUUUGGCAUACCCAUUACCGAAGCCCAGGGAAGAGACUGGAGACAAGAGGCCAGCCCAUGCACCACCGCUCUCGCCAUACGUUGCACCGACAUCCGGAGAGGUCCUUAUAUUCGAUGCGAAGUCGUUGAAGGCCGUAAACGUGGUUGAGGCACAUCGGGCACCAUUGUCAUGCAUUGCAUUGAACAAUGAUGGGACUUUGCUGGCAACGGCGUCAGAAACAGGAACGAUUAUCAGGGUGUUUUCAGUGCCGGAUGGACAGAAACUCUACCAGUUUCGAAGAGGCACAUAUCCAUCAACGAUUUUCAGUCUGUCAUUCAAUAUGAGCUCCACACUACUCUGUGUGUCCUCAAAUUCGGACACAAUCCAUAUAUUUCGGCUUGGCGGGGGUGCUACGGGUAUGCCGGGCUCCCCACGAUCCCCAAACGACAAAGAUAAAUGGAAUCGAUCCCGAAGUUUUGAUAGUGAUAACGGGUCUCCCCCAACUGGGAUUUCACCUGGUAGUGAGAUGGCAGAUGUCCCAACCGUCGCCACCAAGUCUGGCGGCACUUUCGGAAGCAUUUUUAGGAGAUCAUCGCAAUUGAUGGGCAAAAGUGUUGCUGGAGUUGUUGGAGGUUACCUACCCCAGGCUGUCACAGAAAUGUGGGAGCCUGCGCGGGACUUUGCUUUCAUCAAACUACCGAAAGGAGGAAUGGGAGCUACUCCGCGGAGUGGUCCACUCAAAAGUGUCGUGGCAAUAAGCAGCAGUAGUCCACAAGUAAUGGUGGUGACAAGUGAUGGAGGCUUUUACAUUUACAGUAUAGACAUGGAGACUGGUGGGGAGGGAGUUUUGGUUAAGCAGUAUUCUGUCCUGGAAGGCGAAGACUCUCUAGAACCGCCAAUUAAUUACGUGAGCUACCGUACCUAG